GUUAACCCGACGCUACUAUUGCCUGGAUAGUUUAGAUGCUUCUUUGUCGUAGACUCCGGCCACACGUAUGCUGGCGAUACGGGCGGGUCGCAGGAUGUUCCUCAAACUUCAGCUGCUCCGCGCCAUACCUUAGCUCACGCAAGGUUCUUCAGAAAUUCAAGCUCGCCGACAUCGGUGAAGGGAUCACGGAGUGCGAGAUUGUGAAGUGGAACCUGAAGCCCCCUGCGACAGUGCAGGCUUUUGAUCAACUAUGCGAAGUGCAGUCGGACAAAGCCAGCGUGGAGAUCACCUCGCCUUUCGACGGUGUAUUGAAGGAGCUCCUUGUCGAAGAAGGCGCGGUGGCCAAAGUGGGCGAAGGACUCUGCAUCAUCGAAGUAGAAGAAGAGGAGGAUUCCACGCCUGAACCUGGACUGGCCAAGGAUUCUUCAAGUGCGACUUCACUAUCACACGUACAAUAUGAAGGGCUUGCGACUCCAGAAGAGAAGUCAACCGCCACUCACGAAACGCCGUCCUUUAGUCCAGCGGAAUCCUUCCCUCGUCGACGGCACCCGCUCGAUCCCAACUAUGUUCCUGAUCACUCCCAGCAACCACCUAGCAGACGACGCCCUCCUGCGAACAGGUCAGAGGUACUGGCGACGCCCGCUAUGCGACACCUUGCGCGUAGACUUGGGGUUGAUCUCACCGAGCUUGCUCCUGGGAGCGGGCGGGACGGUCGCAUCGAACGGUCGGACAUCGACGCUCACUUAGCACGAGCGUCCGCGUCACCUAGUACGGGAGCUGCACCGAAGAAGGGAGAGGAUACAAUUGUUGAACUUGGUCGGACGCGGUGGGGAAUGUGGAAAGCGAUGGAGAAGAGCUUGUACAUUCCUCAUUUCGGGUACUCCACGACGCUUGACAUCACUCGGUUACACAGUUUGCUGCCGUUGCUUAACGCCAGCAUACCAGAAUAUUACCUGCCUCUCUCGUCCACACCUUCACGACCUCCGCUGGUCUCGCCAAACGCUUUUUAUGCUGCCUCUCCAAUACCACAGACACCAGAGACAGCUCGUUACGCACGAUUAACCUACCUCCCGGUGUUCCUGAAGACACUUUCUCGUGCAAUGAUGGAAUGGCCCCUCUUUCGUUCAUCCAUUACUCCAGCUGGCCCCGAUGACCCGUCGUCCUCGAAGAGGACCAUGACGCUGAGACCAAGCUCCGACAUCUCCCUGGCCCUUUCCACCCCGACGGGAUUGUACACACCGACCCUUACUGGUGUAGAGUCCUCAUCCGUGUACGAUAUUGCGUCUCGUGUGGCGCACAUUUCCCAUCUCGGCCGCCAAGUCCCAUGCGCGCUCACGCCCAAGGAAAUGCCAAAGCGAGGGGGUACGAUCACGGUUUCCAAUGUAGGCGCCAUCGGGCAAGGCGACUUCGCUUCCCCCGUCCUUGUUCCCGGUGGGGGCGUCGCUAUCGUGGCAAUCGGUCGAGCUAAAUGGGUAUGGGAUGUGAAUAGCGGAGAUGGGAGUGGCGAAAGAAGGCUCAAGGUCGGCGUAAGCUGGAGCGCGGACCAUAGAGUGGUGGAAGGCGCCGAGCUGGCCGCGUUUGUGGAGUGCUGGAGGGGAUGGGUUGAGACGCCGGACAGGCUCAUUGCAGAUGCAGUGUGAGGCGGCGCUGUUGGUUGCGAGUGCCAUGCGAGUGCCAUUGUAAUCUGUUUAAUCUGCC